GACUCGAGUCUCGAGGGAAGAUGUGUUACUUGUUAGUAUGCGCGCAACAGGCUAAAGGAAUGGACGGGAGGCUCGUACCUGGAAAUGUUACUUUUGUGACUUUCGUACCGUCCUUCCACGGAGCGUCUUCCAUUUUUAUCCGUAGUUUAUAGUUACUUGACUGUCAUUAAAUCGCCGGCUGUGUCUGAUGACUGACAAGCGAGUUUUGCGGCAUUUUUGUAGUGCGGAGUUCAAAAAGUGCUUUUUUGUCAUUUUUUAGUUUUCUUUAAGCGUGUUAUCGUUUCUGGUUUAGAUGAACUGACAAAUUGUGAUUUUUCUACUUGCUGAAAAAAGUAGGCGUGGCCAGUUCCACCUUCAACAGCAACAGAAAAUUGAAAAAAACUAAAAAUUCCAGGAGAAAUACUAAAAACAAACGUGUAAAUAUUAGAAGGAAACAAGGAAAAUCUUACAAGAACCAAGUCUCAGGCGAGAACUAGACAGAUAAAAGAUAAGCAAAUAGGAGCAGAAAUGAAAAUGCACUCAAAUUGCCCACGUCACUUUCUGUAGAAAAUAUUGUUAAUAAUUCUUCGAUGUCACCACGGGUCAACCGGUGAUCUACCGACCACGUGAGCACACAAAUUGACCACUGGGAGCUACGGGCUGGCAGUCGAGAGCAACCAUGUUCCAGGCGAGAGGGGGGAGGAGGAGGAUGAGGAGGAGGGGGGCGGCGACCCCCCUGGGGGCUGUAUUCCCGUUGCUCAACCUGUUGCUCAACUGCGCAGCCUUCACACGAGCAGGGCUGGAACUGAACGACGCAAUCAAACUUGGCUCGGUGACCCAGGUGGCCAACAUCCUCCUGGCGGAGGGGGCGCCCGUCUCCACUAGGGAUAACAUAGGUUGGACUCCUUUGCAUAACGCCGCCAACACCGGAGGUGCUGACGUGGCGAAACUCCUCAUCAGCCACAAAGCUGACCUCGAUGCCAGGGAUAUGGACUACGGAUUAACGGCGUUGCACCUAGCAGCCAAAAACGGGGAGGAAGAGGUCACCGAGGUCCUCCUGGAGGCCGGAGCCUCCAGCAACUUGACUGACAUCAGAGGGCAGACUCCCCUCCACUUGGCAGCCUGGAAGGGCCAUUUGAACACUACCCUCCUGUUACUGGAACACGGAGCCGACAUCAACGCCAGGGAUGAUUUCGGCAGCACACCCCUCCGCCUGGCUGCCAUUCAGAAUUCGGAAACCAUCGUGAAGGCGCUUCUAACCCUGUGCCCUGACCUCCGGCUCCCCGAUAACAAAGGAGUGACUGUGGAGGAAUUCGCGAAGAAGAAACGCCUCGUAAAUAUAGUGUCCAUUCUGGAAGACCACCGGAGGAUUCCUUGCAGCAGACACAAGCUCCGGCAGGGGGCUGUGGAGCAAUACCACCUCAUCCACAACGCGGAGAGAUGUCCCCGGGGAGACAGGGAGUUCCCGGAUGAGCACCUGUCCUACCACUGGAAGCUGAAGGAGACCUCUCCUGGAAGGGCGACCGAGAUUCCAUGCCCGACUGGAACCAGCGGAACGGCUGCCUGGGUCUGCGGGCGCGAUGGGAAAUGGCUCAGAACGCCCGAUUUAAGCAAAUGCCACUCGCUCUUCUUCAGCGGAUGGCAGGAGGUCAUGGCGACGGAGAACAUCACGGCGGCCGAAAUAGUGACGGAGGUAGCGACCAGCCUGCAGGACGCCGAGAAGGGGAUCAGUCUGGCCACCGGCGACCUGCUGACUAUCGGGGAACGCAUGGCGAAGCUGCAGGACAAACACCGGCAAGACCUGGAGCGGAUGACGUCCGGGAUCGAAGCCUGGAAGCUGGCCAUGAAAUACCUGAAAGGAGUCAUGGACCUGGCGGACGUGAUGCUGUCGAAACCGGCCCUGGUGGGCCUGAGCCACGAAUUCAAGUACGUCGCCUUCACCCAGCUGCAGGACAGCGUCAAAUUCGCGACCAUCACACUGGCGUCCCAGCAGUUAGGGUCAUUCCAGGAGUUCGCCGUCAAGGGGUUGAUAACAAGAGUCAUGAACCGACCUCUUAAAUACUACAAGAGCGUCCUGCUGACCUUCGACCAUCCGGGGCACAACGAGACCCUCUUCGCCCUUCCCUUCAACUUCUACGAGACCUACAGCGGUGACCCGAAUGCCCUCCGGGUGACCUACGUUGCAUUCAAUGACCUGCACUGCACCCUCAACGCCGUGCCUUGUAAUCCUGACGAAGUGGUUCCCGAGCGUGACCUGCCAGCACUGGGUCAGGUCAACACCCCCAUUGUAGGGGCCACGAUUGGUGACGGCUCGACGUGGAGUGCCCCUCUGGACGAAAUGGUCGUCAUCAAAUUCCAGCAUAUGUACGCGGGCGACAAGUUCGUCCUGGGAAGCCGGACAUGCGCCUGGUGGGACGUCGUGUCCCACGCGUGGGCCACAGACGGGUGUUACCUGGUUGAAUCCAACGACCACUCCUCCGUCUGCCACUGCGAGCACCUGACCAACAUAGCAGUCGUCAUGGAUAUCCACGGAAUCGUCGAUAACAGGGGUGCGAUGUACCGCGUGAUGCGCUGUGUGACAAUCGUGGGCUGUGUCGUCGCCAUCGUCAGCCUGGCACUGUGCAUCGUCUGCUUCCUGGCGUUCAAGGACGUCCGAGAGAGAUGUACCUCCAUCAUCCUUGCCAACCUCUGCUUCUGUAUCCUGCUGUCGGAGAUGGUUCUACUCGGGGGAGUGGGCGCCACUGACAGCAUCACUUCCUGCACCGUCGUGGCAGGGCUCCUCCAUUACCUGUUCCUGGCGACUUUCAUCUGGAACGCCAUUGAUGCGUUCCACAUGUACAUCAAGUCAAAGAUAUUCCGGAUGAGGACGUCGCCGCUGAAGUACUACUUGAUCGCCGGGUAUUUGGUCCCUGCUUUGUACAUCGUCUUCACGUUCGCUUUCGCUCGCGUCAAAGGAUACAGUAAUGACAAAGUCUGCUGGUUGACCACGCAGGCACUUAUAUGGAGCUUCACCGGACCUUUGGCUGCCAUUCUGCUCUUCAACGUCCUGGUCUUCCUGAUGGCCAUGUACUCCUCCUGGUGCAAGGAGUCGCCGCAGAGCAUCGAGAGCAACUACAAGAGGUCCAACUCGUCGUACUCGACCUCGACCAAGUCCACGAAGAGCAGGGACUCGGCCAAGGAAGAGGUCGGCUUCUGGGGGAACCUGAGCCGCGAGCGCGAACAGCAGAGGCAGCAGCAGCAGCAACCCGGCGGGAACAGCGGCAAGAAGACUCCGCCGCACAGCAACGGUAGCAAUCUGGCCUUCCACCAGCAAUCCUCCGCGGGGGGAAAGACGUCGAGGAAAUCGAGCAGCCACGGCAGCGCCGAGGAGGUCUCCGGCGACCCGCUCGGCAGGAAAAUCGGGGAGUCGGUGGGCGUCCUCGUACUACUCUGCCUCACCUGGCUGUGCGGAUUCCUAUAUUAUCUUGACGGAAGCCACGUUGUGGCGUUGAUCUUCACUUGUCUGAACUCGAUGCAAGGCGUCAGUAUCUUCGUGUUGCAAAUCGUCAUGAACCCUACCAUUAUGCAAGAAGUCAGGAGCGUCUUGAAAUGAAAAGACGAGGUACGGUGUCAAGUCCAGUCGAUCAUCACCGGUCAAAAAGAAUGAUAAUGAUGAUGUCUUCCCAAGGUACAUCCUAUGUGGUCUGGUUGCAAUCACACAAAAUCCCUCCUUACCGUGGCUGUUGCCGUUGGAGAGAGCUGGAGCUAGACGCAACGCGGAGUCUUCUAAAGAAGCAGAUUCAGUUUCAAACCACGCUAUUACCCCAGAAAGAUUGUCCGCAAUCACGAUAAAUUGGAUCGCCUCUGUGAUUGUUAUUUUUUUUUUUAUAAUAUGUGUUUGCGUUUAUUGCUGAUAGCAGCAGUUCAUAUCACUGAAAGCAAAAUUUAUCAAGUUAAACGUGCAAAGUCAGACGGAACGAGUGUUCUCAAUAGUGAGUGCGUAUUAACUCGGCUGUCUAAGUGUUUAGUAUCAGAGUUCCCUUAUUCUUCUUCUUUAUUUUAGUACGAUUCCCCUCUUCUUGAUUAUCUAUCUUCUUCGUGUGCCUGCGUGUAUCAUAUUGGAAGUAAGACUAUUGUUCACUUACGAGAUAAUUUACUGCUUUAUUUACGCCACUACAUAAACGCGAAGAUGUAACAUGAUGAGACAGCCACUUGUAAAAAGUUACUAUUAUACUGCUCUGAUAAAAUCAUUUUUUUUAAUGAUGGAAUUGUUCCUGACAGUAGAAAAUGUUGCACAAACUAUUGGAAACUAUGGAUGAAUUGUUGAAAAUGGUCAAUUUACUGCAGAAAGUGGUUAAUUAACUGUUUAGAAUAAUGAUCUGCUCGUUAAGAAGGGUGAACUGACUUCUAACAGUGGUGAGUUGACUGCAAUGGUGAAAUGAUUGUGGACUGUGAUUGACUGGGCUUUACGACUGUCCAAAUGCGAUUUCCAGGUGCUUCUUCAUCGUAAGGAUCGUCACAGUCUAUUGCUGACGUGUGAUUUUGCAGCGCAAGUCUUUAAUCUCCCGACGUAAAAGCGGUCGUUAUAAUAGCUUGAUGCAGAAAUUGUGGCCAUGUUGCUUGUAGGUACGUAUGUUUCAACUCCUAUUUAUUCACUUUGAGUCUGUGAUGCUGUAAAUAAAAGUUUUG